CACCUUUGUGUUUAAGGAAGUCCACCCAUUUAUCUGAUCGCACUUUGUUUCUUGGUAGCAUCACAGUUAAAACACUGCAGUAAUCCAGCAUUCGACAUCAAGAAUUUUAAAUGGAGACAUUAUCCAGUGUUCUUGGCUUUGAGUGGAUAGAUGGGAGGAGCAUUUUAAUAUUUCUCUGUGUUUUCCUGCUGUUGUCUGAUAUUUGGAAGAACAGAGUGCCGAAAAACUUCCCACCUGGACCGUGGGCUCUCCCGUUUCUCGGUGACAUUCAUCGCAUCAGGCCUGACAGAAUACAUCUGCAGUUCAGAGAGUUUGCAAAGAAAUAUGGAGACAUUUUCACCAUCAGAAUCUUUGGUGGAAGAACCGUGGUCAUUAAUAGCUACAAGUUUGUGAAAGAAGCCCUGGUCCAGCAAGGAGACGACUUCAUGGAUCGACCCACUGUACCACUGUUUGAAGAAUUAUUUGGGAAUGAAGGUCUUGCGAUAGCAAAUGGUUAUCCAUGGAAGGAGCAGAGGAGAUUUGCUCUUCAUACACUAAGAAACUUUGGUCUGGGCAAGAAGACCCUGGAGCUAUACAUCCAGCAGGAGUGCCAGUAUCUCGCAGAGGCUUUCACAGAACACCAAGGAAAGCCAUUUAAUGUCCAGCUAUUGAUAAAUAAUGCCGUGUCGAAUAUCAUCUGCUGUUUGGUGUUUGGGAAUCGAUUUGAGUACACUGACCGGCAGUACCAGUCUAUUCUUCAUAACUUCAAAGAAGUUGUGCGCUUACAGGGACGCAUUUCAAUACAGAUGUACAACAUAAUUCCCUGGCUGAUGAAGCGGCUACCUGGACCUCAUAAGACAAUUUUCACUCUGACACAAGAGAUAAAGGACUUCAUAGAAAUCAGGAUCAGAGAACACAGAGAAACUCUUAACCCAGCGUCACCGAGAGACUAUAUUGAUGCCUUUCUUAUAGAAAUGGCAAAGAACGAGGAGAAAGAUUCAAGUUUUUCUCUCAGUAACUUACAUGCUUGCACCAUGGACCUGUUUUUUGCUGGAACUGAAACUACUGCUACUACUUUACGCUGGGGGUUGCUUUACAUGAUCUACUACCCGGAUAUACAAGAGAGAGUUCAAGCUGAGAUCGAUGCUGUGGUUGGUUCGUCCAGACAGCCCUCUGUGAGCGACCGAGAAAACAUGCCCUAUACUGAUGCUGUUAUUCAUGAGAUUCAGAGAAUGGCCAACAUCAUUCCUCUCAAUGUGCUUCGUAUGACCAGCAAUGAAACUACAGUGGAUAAAUACACAAUCCCAAAGGGUACCAUGAUACUGGCUACCCUGGACUCAGUCCUACACGAUGAGUCAAUGUGGGAAACUCCGCACUCUUUCAAUCCUCAACACUUUCUGGACAAGGAUGGUAAAUUUCGUAAGAAAGAUGCUUUCCUUCCAUUUUCUACAGGUAAGCGUGUGUGUCUUGGAGAACAGCUGGCCAGGAUGGAGUUAUUCCUGUUGUUUACUUCCCUCCUUCAAAGGUUUUCUCUUUCACCACCUGCUGGAGAGCAGCCCAGUCUGGAGUUCCAGUUGGGAGGCAUACGCUGUCCCAAACCUUACCGCCUCUGUGCUGUACCACGUUAAACCAUCAACUAUGGCAAACUGAAAAUAAAUCACUCCUUUAUUACAUUUAUCAUCUAAUGCAGUUUAGUUUUUGUUCUUGUACUCCAGUAGACCUUUUUGAUAAACCUUUACAGUAUAAAUCUAUUCUACUCUAACAGAAAUUUCUAAAAAUGUUAAACCACCAAAAAAACGAGAUUAGUUUAUCCUUUUUUUUCUGACAUUAAGGCAAGUGAAAGGAUUGAGUCUCUGUUCUGGUUAACGAUUUCAGAGAUACCUGCCUGGUUCAUUGCUUUUACAAGUAAAGUGGAUUCCGUCCCUUUUAAGAACAAUCAAAAUAAUCUGUUAGAAAACUUUCCACUGUAUUUGAAGGCUUACAGAAUCCUUUCUUCUAAAUUGUUACUUUACCUGAAAUGAAUGUUAAUUCUGAACAAUUACUAUUAAAAAAAUCUUAAGCUUGA